AUUAGAAUUGCAUUGCGGCAUUGUUUUCUUGGAACAAUACAGAAAUACUUUUUUCGAAGUAUAAUAGUAUUACAACAUUACAACACACUGUUCGUCCGUGUCGAGAGAUCAAGAACGUACUCGUAUCCACGCGGUGCAGGCACAUCUCCAUCCAACCUGAGACAGUAUAGUUUGAUGCACCAAUGUCGUUUCCACAAGGUAAUUCUACUCCAAAGCUAGUUGGCAGCAACAGCAUCAAUGAUCCAUUGGCUGCAGCCCUUGCAGCUGCCGCGGCCCUUGCGAGAAACGGAGGAACUUUUCUCCACGAGCCGUUUUCUGGGACCGUGCCCGGGGUGGGUGCCAUUGUUCCUGUUUCCGUUCCUGUUUCUGUUCCUUCCACUCCAUCCAAUGUUGUUUGUGCGCAUUCGCUAUCAUCGUCGUCCGCAUCAGCGCCUGCCUCUGCUUCUGUGUCUGCGUCCACAUUCGGCAGCGUUGGCGGAAGGAAGACUCCGAAGAAGAGCGAACCGUUCGAUGCGAACAGCAAUGGAAACAAUAGUGGAAACAACAGUGGAAACUCCAACGGCGAUGACAAGGACUGCGACCAGGGCCAUUCGAGCGGCAAUGCAGCGAAGACCAGGAAUGACAUUACCCUUAACCUUAGCCGCAAUAUCAGCCGCAAUAUCAGCCGCAAUAUCAGCCGCAAUAUCAGCCGCAAUAUCAGCCACAAUAUCAGCCACAAUAUCAGCCACAUUGCUAGCGCCAAGCCAAGCCAAAACGACGUCGAACAAGAACAAGACCACGAACACGAAGCGGAACGACGCAUGGCCCGAAGCCGGGAGCGGAAUCGCGAACACGCUCGUCGCACACGCCGCAGGAAGAAGGCGCAGCUCGAGGCCCUCCAGGCGAAGCUCCGCUGCCUCCAAUCCAAGAACAAGACACUCACGCAAAGCCUGGAGGAUUGCCGGAUCGCCUCGAUUCUAGUGGGCUUUUCCGUAGGCGACGGCGACGAUCGGGACGCUACGAUCCAGUCGCUCCUCGAAGAAGCGAUCGAAAUUGGGGAAAGGGAGAUUUUCAAGCGACUGCUGAGAUCGAAACGAACGAGAUUUGUUUCGGAUGCCGAUAUCCUCCACGGCGGCAAUGUCGAUGCCAGUGCCAGUGUUCACAACAGCAACAGCAACAGCAACAUCGAAGCCUGUCCCCCCCAUGCGUCGCUGCCCCUCAAGAUCGAGAUCAAUGGAAAGAUCGUCGUCGUUGGAGGAGGAGAGUGCCCGUCGCAUCUCAACUGGAAAACGGGGGUUGUCACCGACGAAAACGGUGUAAGGACUCUUCUCACCAACCAGCAGCUGGAAUCUCUCCGGUACGUUUUUCUUUGCUGCACUGCAUUUACUAGCUACUGCUACUUCUGGAUAGCUCGGUGGUCCCUUGUUGCUCGUUUCGUGUCUCGUUUUUCUUUCUUCGUCUUCUGAUCACAACCACUCUCUGCCAUUCUUGUCAUCGAUGUUCGACUGUUUCCUUGAUGUUUCAGGCGAGAGCGAAACCGAAUGCAUGCCAAGAUGACUCGCGAUCGCAAGAAGUCCUUCAUUGCCACCGUCGAAAAGACAAUCGAAGAACUGGAAUCGAGCAACAAGCGCAUGGCUGCCGCCUUGACCGAUGUCAUUCAUUUCCAGAGAUCACCACCUUGCUCACCCGCCGCCACCACACUGGUGUCCUUCCGGAACGAGAACGACCACGACCACGACCACAACCGCGAGCACAACCACGGAAAUGACAACGCCAACCACACCGAACCCGAGCGCAACAGCGAUGGCAGCAAUCGGCACGGCCAAAAUCCACCGGGCAGUGUGACCCCAUGCGGCUCACGCUCACCGGCUCCUGCUGCGGGAGAACGAGAUAGAUACACCUCGGUUGCUCUCUCGUCCGUCCCCAGUCUGAUACCCGCUCCGCCAGAUUCGUUCGUGACCUUUGUGGAUGGAGAUAKGGAUGGGGAUGGCAACAAUCAUGGAGACGGAGAUAGAAAUGGGAAUAACAAUGGCAUAGUCAACAACAAUACCAAACUGGACUCCGAACAGCUUCCUCCUCCAAAACGAUUUUGUCAUGGAUUUUCCAUUGCGCCGUACUAAUGAUGCAAUACGUUUCUAGUACAGAUACUGCAGCUGUCGCCACGGUCAUCACCCAAGGGGAAACCAUCAUGCACCGUAUUGUUGGGAUUCAGUAGAAUGCCGAACCAAAUCACGCUCUCGGUCGAUCGGUUCUCGAACCACAGCGCAACGACUGAAGACAAGGGGGUAUACCGUAUGAUCGCACUGCAAAUUUAGACAGGAGAGGCCACAACGUGACGGUAUGUCGUUUCCACCCCGUUACAGUUUCAAAACGUUGCAACACAGAAAUGAAAGGAAAGGAGCAAAUAUGCACUCUAUGUUCAUAGCAUUUCCUCCAUAGCACCCUUCACACACAGACAAUCAUGCACGACCACAUCGAAGUAUAUGUUCGGUUAAAAUUUACAUAUGAGCUUGGCGGCAGCACACUACACGAUACUGGACCGAACUGGACCGGACUGGACCGACGGGAACUCACUGUAUGACCGCCAUUUUUCAACAAUCGUCUGCUACUGGAUUGGUCUCGUGACUGAUCGCCGAUAAAAUUUCGAUCCACUUGUCCAAAAUCUCCACGCAAUAUUCAUACAUCGUUUACGGCGCCUUGCGACCAGAGAGUAUGACUGGACAAAAUGGUAGAGCCAAAGAUAUCUUAGAUAAAAACCGACGAAAAAGGAGACGAUUACGAUCAGGAUGAUUAAACGAAUCAAAACGAACGCUGUCGUCCCCUUUGUAACAUCAACCACAACACACGAAAGACAUAGUCCUCGCUACUUCAUUACU